CUGCGGUCAUGAACUAAACGAAUUUGUUGCCCGAAAUUCGGGAGUCAAUUUCAAUUUCGCUGUGGACGUUGAUUCGAAUUCCAUUGUUAUGUUGAAGCUUGUAUGUUAUGAGGUUCCCUCCAAUCUGCAAUGCUUAAGUGAGGUAAAUUUUAAACCAUUCUCAUCUAAUCACCUGAUUGCAUGCCACCGAAACCACCUGAUGUCGUCCACACAUCGUCACUCAAUCUGCCUUUCUCAUUUACUACCAAAGGACAAAUUGGUGAUGCACUUGCUCCAAUGAUUGCAAGAGGGAUGAUGUUGGGCACAAAUCAACAUGUAAUAUUGCAUAUGCUUGAUAUUGAACCAACAUUAGAGGCACUUAAAGGGGUGAAGAUGGAGCUAAUUGAUGUUGAUGUUGCGGCAGCUGGAUAUGUCGACAAGUCUGCUAAUAUUGAGAUGGACAAGUUAUCUAUUGCUCCUUAUGGAUUUGAGAAAUCAACAUGGGAUCCUUCAACAGACUAUUUUCUUCCAGAAAAUUUUAAUGCUAAAAAUAACAAUGGAAAAUCUGUUUGCAAAGUUGCGUUACUGCAGCGGCUCGGGUUAUCUGAACAUUCUUCUACUAUUCUUGUUGGAUGCAAUUUUUCAGAAGGAGCUGAUAUUGAUGAAAAAAAAAAUGAAGGAUAUUAUUCUGAAUGCUAA